GGCCCUGCUCGCUCACUCGCUCGUCCCCGGCUUCCGAGCACAGCAUGGCGGUCAAGGUGCAGACAACCAAGCGAGGUGACCCUCAGGAGUUAAGAAACAUAUUCCUACAGUUCCUGAAAUUGAAACACAACAAACGAGCUCUUAUAUGUUAGACUGUGCUAUAAUUUUACAACCAGUUGUCAAGCUCUUUUUUAUUAGUCCUGCUGAAAUUUCUGAAACAUCUUCCACUGAAACCAUUACUGUGACCAACAUUGUUCUUCAAAAACUAGAAGAAACACAUAUUUUGAAGUAUGCCAGUACUGAGGUCGGUGGAGAGCAUUACAUGACCCCGGAAGACUUUGUUCAGCGCUAUCUUGGACUGUAUAAUGAUCCGAAUAGCAAUCCAAUGAUUGUGCAACUCUUGGCGGGAGUAGCUGAUCAAACCAAGGAUGGGUUGAUCUCCUAUCAAGAGUUUCUGGCAUUUGAAUCUGUUUUGUGUGCUCCAGAUUCCAUGUUCAUAGUGGCUUUCCAAUUGUUUGACAAGAGUGGAAAUGGAGAGGUGACAUUUGAAAAUGUCAAAGAAAUUUUUGGACAGACUACUAUUCAUCAUCAUAUCCCUUUUAACUGGGACUGUGAAUUUAUCCGACUGCAUUUUGGGCAUAAUCGCAAGAAGCACCUUAACUACACAGAAUUCACACAAUUUCUUCAGGAGCUACAAUUAGAACAUGCAAGACAAGCCUUUGCGCUGAAAGAUAAGAGCAAAAGUGGCCUGAUUUCUGGGCUGGAUUUCAGUGACAUCAUGGUUACUAUUCGGUCUCACAUGCUUACGCCUUUCGUGGAGGAGAACUUAGUUUCAGCAGCUGGAGGAAGUAUCUCACACCAGGUUAGCUUCUCCUACUUCAAUGCAUUUAACUCCUUACUGAAUAACAUGGAACUUGUUCGUAAGAUAUAUAGCACUCUAGCUGGCACAAGGAAAGAUGUUGAAGUCACAAAGGAGGAAUUUGCCCAGAAUGCCAUACGCUAUGGACAAGUCACCCCACUGGAAAUUGACAUCCUAUACCAGCUUGCAGACUUAUAUAAUGCUACAGGGCGUUUGACUUUGGCAGAUAUUGAGAGAAUAGCCCCGCUGGCUGAGGGUGCCUUACCUUACAACCUGGCAGAACUUCAGAGGCAGCAAUCUUAUGGGUUAGGCAGGCCUAUCUGGCUCCAGAUUGCCGAGUCUGCUUACAGAUUCACUCUGGGCUCAGUUGCUGGAGCUGUGGGGGCCACUGCAGUGUAUCCCAUAGAUCUGGUGAAGACUCGCAUGCAAAAUCAGCGUGGCUCUGGCUCUGUCGUGGGUGAGCUGAUGUACAAAAACAGCUUUGACUGUUUUAAGAAAGUCUUGCGUUAUGAGGGCUUCUUUGGACUGUACCGAGGUCUGAUACCACAGCUGAUAGGGGUUGCUCCAGAAAAGGCCAUUAAACUGACCGUUAACGAUUUUGUUCGGGACAAGUUUAUUAGAAGAGAUGGAUCCAUUCCACUUUUGGCAGAAAUCCUGGCUGGAGGUUGUGCUGGAGGCUCCCAGGUCAUCUUUACUAACCCACUGGAGAUAGUGAAGAUUCGCCUGCAGGUGGCUGGAGAGAUCACCACAGGACCCAGAGUCAGUGCUGUGAAUGUGCUCCGAGACCUGGGCCUUUUUGGUCUGUAUAAGGGUGCCAAAGCGUGUUUCCUCCGAGACAUUCCCUUCUCUGCAAUCUAUUUUCCUGUUUAUGCUCAUUGCAAACUACUUUUGGCUGAUGAAAAUGGACACGUGGGAGGUUUAAAUCUCCUUGCAGCUGGAGCUAUGGCAGGUGUGCCUGCUGCUUCUCUGGUGACCCCUGCUGAUGUCAUCAAGACAAGACUGCAAGUGGCUGCCCGUGCUGGCCAGACGACCUACAGUGGUGUUAUUGACUGUUUUAGGAAGAUACUCCGGGAAGAAGGGCUGUCAGCAUUUUGGAAGGGAACAGCAGCUCGAGUGUUUCGAUCCUCUCCCCAGUUUGGUGUGACCUUGGUCACCUAUGAACUUCUCCAGCGGUGGUUUUACAUUGAUUUUGGAGGCCUCAAACCCUCUGGCUCAGAACCGAUACCUAAGUCUCGCAUUGCAGACCUUCCUCCUGCCAAUCCUGAUCACAUCGGUGGAUACAGACUCGCCACAGCCACUUUUGCUGGCAUUGAAAACACGUUUGGCCUUUAUCUUCCCAAAUUUAAGCCUCCUGGUGUUGCUGUAGUUCAGCCAAAGGCAGCAGCGGCAACAGCUCAGUGAUGUGACGACAGUUGCAUGUGGCCGAGUGGUGCCCUGAAGAGAGAGGCCUAGGAGAGCAGCCCUGUAAUGUAUCCAGUCAGCUGCAUGGUGCUGGCUGAGCUGAGGAGUCAAACUACUCUUUCUAUAUGACAUAUACAUAUAUUUGUUUAUAAAGUAAUCAUUGGCUGGGGGCGGGGGCGGGGGGAACACAACGCAGUUUCAAGCUUUAGUCUUAUGUGUUGAAAUGUUUUUCUAAGUCUUGGCAUGAAUUUUAGUGUUCUAGACUCUGCUUUGCACAGCUUGCACUUAAACAGUGACUGUACAUAUUGUACAUCUUUGUACAGAGACAUCUUGGCACCUCAUCCCAACGAAUCACAUUUAUGGAAAUGUAAUGCAGUUCUGAGUGGCUUGAAAUGUACAGAAUGUUUCGAAAGUGUUUUAUUAAGGAUCACAUGAAAAUAAAUGUAUUAAAAUUAAA